AUGCCGAAGCCGAGUGUGGCCUUUGUGCACCCCGAUCUGGGUAUCGGCGGCGCGGAGCGGCUCGUGGUGGAUGCUGCCGUGAGUCUUCAGGAGUCCGGGCACAAGGUUUCUGUUAUCACGUCUCACUACGAUGCCAAGCACGCAUUUGAGCCGACGUACGACGGCACACUCCAGGUGGUGCACGCCCAGACGUGCGUCCCCCGUUCCAUCUUUCACAAGUUCCACCUACCGAUGGCCAUGCUGCAGCAACUCUCGCUCGUGUUCCAGGUGUUUUGUGCGGCGCACGGCGCGGCGCUCGCGAAGAACGCCCCGGCGCUGUACGCGGCGCUCAGCAGCGUCCACCCGUCGGAUCUCCCGGAUGUCUUUAUCAUUGAUCAGCUGCCACUCGCUAUUCCAUUUUUAAAGCUGCUCUGUGCGCGCCGCGUACUGUACUACUGCCACUUUCCGGAUAAGGAGAUCAGCGCGUCGCUCGCCCAGCAGCGGGGAACGCAAGGGCUCGCUGCGCUCGUCCGCAGCAUGUACCGUCUGCCGCUCGACCUGCUCGAGGAGGUGACGACCGCGUUUGCCGACAUAAUUGUCGCCAACUCGCAGUUUACCUCGAAGCACUUUCAGCGUACCUUUCCGCGACUGGGCCGCGUGCCUCACGUCGUGUAUCCGGGUGUAGACGACAACGCGUACGAUGCGAUGCACGUCUCGCGUGCCGUGGUCGAGUACGAGGCCAAGGAUACCGGCAGCCUCAAAACACAGAACCACACGGUGGUGAGCAAGGUGCUGGGCGUGCGCGAUCGGCCGACCUUUGUGUCGAUCAACCGCUUCGAGGCUAAGAAGAACGUCGCGCUGGCGGUCGAGGCGUUUGCGCGCCUGCGCCGCGUCUCGGGCGACAAGCAGCUGCGCCUGAUCUGUGCGGGAGGCUACGACCGCCGCGUGCAGGACAACAUCACGACGCUCGGCGCGCUCCAGGCGCAGGCGACGCGCCUCGGCCUGCCGCACGUCACCGUUUGGUGCAACCAGCCGCAGUACGAGCCGCCGAUGUCGCCGCCGUCGGUGAGCGCGGUGCUGAAUGCGGCCGUCGUCUUUUUCCCGUCGUUCCCAGGGCCGCUUCUGCACGCGCUUCUCCUGAGCCCCACCGUGUACGGGCUGCUGUACACGCCGACGAACGAGCAUUUUGGCAUCGUGCCGCUCGAGGCGAUGGCAUGCGGCGUGCCGGUCAUUGCGACGAAUACCGGCGGGCCGCUCGAAACCGUCGUCGACGCGGACCUCGACGCGGACGGCGAGCCGCGCGCGCAAGACGCCACCGGUUUCCUGCGCCGCCCUGACCCCGGCGAGUGGGCCGAGUGCUGCUCGACGAUCCUCGGCUGGGACACGCCGACGGUGAACCGCAUCGCGUCCAACGCCAAGCGCCGCGUGGCCGACGUUUUCUCCGUGCGUGCGAUGGGCGCUGCACUGGAAAAGGACGUCGAUGCGCUCGGCAAACAGGCAGCCGUGUCGCUGCCGGAGCGUGCGCGUGCGCUGGUCCUUGUGCUCGUCAUAGCCGCGCUGCUGGGAGCGGGCAUUGCGCUGGUGCUGUAUCUGGCGCUGUGCUAUUGGUAG